AUGUCUCUCCCUUUCUCUCUCUUUAGCCUUAUCUUUCUCUUCACUUCCUUCUCUACCUCUCCUUACUCCGCCGCUGUAAAAACCCACAAUGCACCACAAGAUCUAGUCCGUUCAUCAUGCGUCCACGCCAGUUACCCGAACCUCUGCCUCCGCACUCUUUCCUCUUAUGCAGGCCCUGCCAACACCCCACGUGACCUAGCCCAAGCAGCUGUAAAGGUAAGCCUUGCUCGCGCCAGGAAAGUAUCAAACUACUUGAACGCACUCUCGGGUCUUAAAACAAAGAGAGAGCGAGUUGCACUGAGUGAUUGUGUUGAGCAGAUAUCUGACUCGGUGGAUGAGUUGAGCAAGACACUGAGCGAGUUGAAGCAUUUGAGAGGGGAAACGUUUAGGUGGCAGAUGAGUAAUGCACAGACAUGGGUCAGUGCUGCUUUGACUAACGAGGACACGUGUCUUGAUGGGUUUCACGAAGUUGAAAGCAAAGUCAAGGAUGAUGUGAAAAGAAAGAUUACUAAUGUUGCUAGGGUUACUAGUAAUGCUUUGUACAUGAUUAAUCGUCUUGAUGAAAGUCGUGGUAGGGUAAAGUUGGGUCAUUGA